GCGAUAUUUCAUGUGUAGUUAUAUAAAUAGUAAAAUACAUACAUUAAAAAGUUAAUAUCUUUAAAAAUAAAAUUUCUCAUAACUUACGUAAAAAUAUUUGUAAAAAUUUCUCCUGAAAUCCUCUCUCUCUCCCCCCAUUUUGCCCUCUCUGUUGGCACCGCCGCUAUUCGAUAUUUGGCGGGGCUCUGGCCACCGACCCGAGAAUCUGUCAAAUGGGUUUUUCUCCUCUUGGGGUUGGAACUUAGAGGAACGUGAGAUUUGGAAGUGAGGGAGUGUCGAGCUUGUCGAGAUAAUGAGAGGGGUUGAAGGAAGAUUUUGUGAGGAAUUCUCACCUGCAUAUUAUGGGCUGUGUACUGUUGGAGGAAUGCUCAGUGCUGGCGCUACCCAUCUCGCAAUCACGCCACUUGAUGUCCUGAAAGUUAAUAUGCAGGUAAAUCCAAUUAAAUAUAACAGGAUGGGUACAGGGUUUUCUACUCUUUGGAAAGAACAAGGCCCUUCUUCUCUUUGGAGAGGUUGGUCUGGAAAGCUUUUUGGAUAUGGUGUUCAGGGUGGCUGCAGAUUUGGUCUCUACGAAUACUUUAAGAAGCUUUACUCAGAUGCAUUGAUAGAUCAUAACAAGAGUACCAUAUUCUUCCUCAGCAGUGCAUCUGCUCAAGUAUUUGCUGAUGUGGCUCUCUGUCCUUUUGAAGCCGUCAAAGUCCGAGUUCAAACACAGCCCUACUUUGCAAAGGGCUUGGUUGAUGGGUUUCCAAAGUUAUACUCAGCUGAAGGGAUAACUGGUUUUUACAGAGGACUUUUACCACUAUGGGGUCGAAAUCUUCCAUUCUCGAUGAUAAUGUUCACGACGUUUGAGCACUCAGUUGAUCUGAUUUAUCGCAAGUUUAUGCAAAGGAGGAAAGAGGAAUGCUCAAGAGCCCAACAGCUUGGCGUGACAUGUUUAGCGGCCUAUGCUGCAGGAGCUGUUGGUACCGUUGUCUCCAACCCUGCAGACAACAUUGUUUCCUCUCUUUACAAUAAAAAGGCUGCCAAUGUGAUGCAGGCUGUGAAGAACAUUGGGCUCGUUAAUCUGUUUACUCGAAGUCUUCCUGUUCGAAUUACACUUGUCGGCCCUGUUGUUACCUUGCAGUGGUUUUUCUAUGACAGCAUCAAAGUUCUUUGUGGAUUGCCAUCUAGUGGAGGGCUUACCGGGCGUCUUGAAGAAGCUAACCUAUCAGCUGAAUAACAUAGAUUAGAUAAAGAACAGUUCAGUCGGAUCAAUCUCUGAGGAUGAGGGAAAGUCCCCGCUCGGGGACAGAAAAUAUUGUUCAUCGCCGGUUUUUCAGCGUUGACACCUCGUCAUGCUAUGGUUCAUCCCGGUGUCGGUGGCAAUUGAGUUAACAGUUAUGUUAUAUCCGGUUCUAUAUCCAUAAUAUUUCACGGAUAUGCAGCCUAGCUCCGUGAUACUUCAUAAUUUCGGUUACAUAAGAUGUAAAUAGAUUCUGCUGUACGAUUUUAUGUUAAUGUGCAGCAGAAGCAAUUAUAAAAUGUGGUUUGGAAGACA